AUGGCGUACCGCGGCGACAAGGUCUAUACUGGAGAUGAAAAGAUUGUCAUCGGAUUCGAUAUUGGAACGACCAUGAGUGCUGCGUCGUAUUCACAUCUUUCGAAGGGAGCUUACCCAGUAGUCGAGAUGGUAACCCAAUGGCCAGGUCAACCAGAGACGAGCGGGUCUGCCAAGUUCCCGACUUUGGCUUUAUAUGACGGAUCUCGGUGUGUUGCAUGUGGCGAGGAGGCUUUGAACUACGACUCGGCGGACGACCAUGAACAGAUGGCCAAAUGGUUCAAGCUUCACAUGCAUCCGGCUUCUCUUAAGGACUGGACUGUCAAUAUCCCACCACUCCCCAACGGCAUCUCCAUUCAGCGAGUGUACCAGGACAUCAUGGAUUACAUGCUCAAAAACACCCAGAGUCACUUUGAGAAAAAGGUAGUGAAUGGAGCAUCUAUUUGGAGGCGAAACAGGAACUCCAUGACAUUCAUCUUCGCCAUCCCGAAUGCAUGGGGUCACAGCCAGCAGCAGACGCUGCGACAAGCCGCCAUCGACGCCGGAUUAUUCCCUUCCUCCAAGGCAGAUUCUCUGGUCCGCUUCGUGACAGAAGGAGAAGCAUCCGUACAUUUUGUCUCCGUCUAUGGCUCUAUGCGGCAUUGGUUGAGCGUGGGUUCCACCUUUGGGGUGGUUGAUGCUGGUAGGCCUUCAUUUUGGAGAAAAUCGGUAGUCACCUACUCCACAAGGCAUUGUGCUAAAGGAGGCGUCUAUGAGCGAGCUGCAGGUGUCAACGUCGACGAUGUCCUGGGACAAGUGCUCCAGGCCAGGCUCGCCAACUCCAGAUUUGGUGACAAAGACAACAUCAAGGCAAUGGUAGAAGAGUUCGAGAAAAAGACAGGAAUCUCGGGGAUCCUCAAGGGUCAAAUCAGCUUGAGCAAAGAAGAGGUACUUGCAACAUUCAAACCCGUCUCGGAAAACAUUGUCAAUAGUAUACGCCGCUUGAUCAGUAGCAAGCGACCACAAUAUCUUCUUCUCGUUGGAGGCUUCGGAGAGUCACCAUAUCUUCGAUCCGAACUCUCUCGAAUCUUCGGAAGUCAAGGCAUUGAGGUCAUUACCGUCGAGCAACCAACCAAGAAAGCGGCGGCUGAAGGAGCAGUGGUAUGGUAUCUCAGGAACAUGGUCAAGACACGAAUCGCUCGUGAAACCUACGGGACGGAUGUAAAUUGCAUUUACAAUCAACUCCGCCACAACGAACGCAGCGACCAGGUCUAUACCGCUCCCGACGGUCUGACGAGGAUAUCGGGAGUGUUUGACCCCUGGGUUGAGAAAGGAACACCGGUGGAAGAUGGAUUUACGUAUACAGUAGGCUACCUUACUACCUGGCCCAAGGAAGCACACUCGAAGCCAUCGCUGGGAGUGAAGGAAGUGCAGGUCUAUAAGUGGGAAGCCGAUACCAUUCCUCUUUGGGUCUUGCAGAAGAAUAGGUCAUUGAUGCCCGGCUUCCACUAUAUUUGCACAGUACAAGCGGACCUCUCUCACCUUGUUCCUCACGGCCUCGCAGUCGAGAAAGGUCCAAAGGGGAAAUACUGGAAGCUUGAUUAUCAGAUUGCGGUCACCUUGCCAAUUGGAGGCGCACAGCUCCAGGCACGACUGCAAUGGUACGAGAAAGGAAUUCUCAAGCAAGGGCCUGCCACCACGAUUCUGGAAUUUAAUUAG